AUGCUAUGCAGACGACACUCUGGUGUUGGCCGGAGGCAGGGGCUGGCGGAAUUGAAGUUGGGCCGUUUGGCGGUGGACCAGGUGGUCAGCUCCCUGAAAGCGAUAGGCCUCACGGUGGCUCCCCUCAAAACGGAAAUGCUGUUUAUGAAUAAUCGUGCAAGGGGAGAGCUGUCGAGGGCCCGGAUCCGGAUCGACAACGUCUUCGUGAUGGCGGGUCCCACGUUAAAAUACCUGGGGCUUGUCCUGGAUGGCAAAUGGGGGUUCCAGAAACAUUUCGAGCUUCUGACCCCCAAGUUGGGCAGGGUGGCCAAUGUGUUGGGUGGCUUCCUGCCCAACCUCGGCAGCCCUAAGAGGAGGGCACGGCGGCUGUAUAUUGGCGUCGUCCACAGCAUGGCUCUUUACGGGGCCCCGGUCUGGGCGAGCGCGAUGGCGACCAACCAGAGAUUAAUUUCCCUGGCGCACCGCAUUCACCGGUGGAGCAUCCACUUGGAGGGGGCGACGAGCCGGUCGGGAACACGGGUCUCCGAGGCCAUCCGGCCCUGUCUAAAGGAAUGGGUAAACAGGGCCCGCGGGGAGUUGUCCUUCCGGACAACGCAGAUACUCACCGGACACGGAUGCUUCGGUGAGUACUUGCAUAGGAUAGGUAGGGAGCUCACCUUCCGCUACCACCACUGUGGUGACAAGGUGGACUCGGCGCAGCACACCCUCGAGGAAUGUUCCUCGUGA